UAUAUAAACCAUUUGCUUAUUAUCUUCGAACUCCACAAAUUCUUCAAUAACAAACAAUAAACAUUACAUAUAUUUUCCCUCUACUCUUCUUUUGUUCAUUUCAAACCCAGAGAUCGGAGAAUUCAAGUGAAUUGGAAGAAGAUGGUUUUGUCUAAGACAGCUUCGGAAUCUGAUGUUUCAAUCCAUUCAACUUUUGCUUCUCGUUACGUUCGCACCUCUCUCCCACGAUUUGAGAUGCCUGAGAACUCGAUCCCAAAGGAAGCAGCGUACCAAAUCAUCAACGACGAGCUAAUGCUCGAUGGUAACCCAAGGCUAAAUCUAGCCUCAUUCGUGACCACAUGGAUGGAGCCAGAAUGCGACAAGCUCAUGAUGGAAUCAAUCAACAAGAACUACGUCGACAUGGACGAGUACCCUGUCACCACCGAGCUUCAGAACCGAUGCGUCAACAUGAUCGCGCGUCUCUUCAACGCACCGCUCGGUGACGGCGAGGCUGCUGUUGGCGUAGGCACCGUAGGAUCGUCGGAGGCGAUUAUGUUGGCUGGAUUGGCCUUCAAGAGACAGUGGCAGAAUAAACGUAAGGCUCAAGGGCUUCCUUAUGAUAAGCCUAAUAUCGUAACCGGAGCUAAUGUUCAGGUUUGCUGGGAGAAGUUCGCAAGGUAUUUCGAGGUGGAACUGAAAGAAGUUAAGUUAAGAGAAGGAUACUACGUGAUGGACCCUGAGAAGGCGGUCGAAAUGGUAGAUGAGAACACAAUCUGUGUUGCAGCAAUUCUCGGUUCAACGCUAACCGGAGAAUUCGAAGACGUUAAGCUCCUUAACGACCUCCUAGUCGAGAAAAACAAACAAACCGGAUGGGAUACGGGUAUCCAUGUGGACGCAGCGAGUGGUGGGUUUAUCGCUCCUUUCUUGUAUCCAGAACUGGAGUGGGAUUUUCGUUUACCAUUGGUUAAGAGCAUAAAUGUGAGUGGUCACAAAUACGGUUUAGUUUACGCUGGAAUCGGUUGGGUUGUAUGGAGAACCAAAUCCGAUUUGCCUGAUGAACUUAUCUUCCAUAUCAACUAUCUUGGCGCUGAUCAACCGACCUUCACUCUCAACUUCUCCAAAGGUUCAAGUCAAGUGAUUGCUCAGUACUACCAGCUGAUUCGUCUUGGAUUCGAGGGAUAUCGCAAUGUGAUGGAUAAUUGUCGUGAAAACAUGAUGGUUCUAAGACAAGGGUUAGAGAAGACAGGACGUUUCAACAUAGUCUCUAAAGAAAACGGUGUUCCGUUAGUGGCGUUUUCUCUAAAAGACAGUAGCCGCCACGACGAGUUCGAAGUGGCCGACACCCUCCGUCGCUUCGGAUGGAUUGUCCCUGCCUACACGAUGCCCGCAGAUGCAGAACACGUCACCGUCCUUCGAGUCGUGAUUCGAGAAGAUUUCUCUCGAACCUUGGCCGAGAGAUUGGUGGCAGACUUCGAGAAGGUGCUUCACGAGCUUGAUACGCUUCCGGCAAGAGUUCAGGCCAAGAUGGUUAACGGAAAAGCUAAUGGUGUCAAGAAGACGGAAGAGGAAAUGACGAGGGAAGUUACUGCUUAUUGGAAGAAGUUUGUGGAGACAAAGAAGAGUAACAAGAACAGGAUUUGCUAAUGAAUUUAAUUGAAUUAAUGUUCUGUUUUUUAUCCCUAAUAAUGCUCCGUUUGAAACUCUUUUUUUCCAGCCUAGCUGCUCGGAUUUUUUUUGGUUUCAAAUUUUCUUUUUUCAUGAUUUGACGUUGAUGAUUUAUAGUUUUCAUGUAUUUGAAUAAACUAAGAUAAAUAAAGAUUUUAUAAAGAUAAAA